GGAAACAAGGUCCAACCAAUCAGUCAUUUCGUAAAAGUUAGGUAGGAUUAGUAGCUCCAUACAAGUAGCGAUCAUCAGUGUAGACAUCCUUCACUUUGAGACUUUUCAUCUUUAUCUCCUGUCCUAUAGCAAUUGCAACCUUGUGACACAAGCAGAACCGAGAGAGUGAAUUAGGCAGGAGGGUGCGUGGGGAUGAAGCAAAUGGAGGUGGGAACUGAAAGUGGUGAUGCGAAGUUGAAAGGGGCCGCCCCUCCGCCGCCUCCACCUCCUCUGCCGCUGCCGAAUUUCUGGGCCAAGACGAAGCCUGCGGCGUCUACGGUGAGUGUGACGAAUCAAGAGAUUGCGAGGUUUUGGAGGCAGAAGCGGAUAGAUGAGGAAGACCAUCUCCUCUCUGCUAUUAAGGCCGCAGCCCGUAUCCGGGCACGGAAACUCACGGAGGAAGACUACAAGCUCUUCGAAGAGGCUCUGAAGGAGGAUCAAGAAAGUAAGGAAGAUGGUGCCGCUGCUGCCACCACCACCGCCAACUCCAGCAAAACAGACGAGAUUAGCAAAGAGCUUCGUGUCGGAAUAAAGGACUGGUGGACAAAGAGCAAGUAUGCGUACUUGAACCAACCAGCCAUCGAGUCGAUGGAUCCACCCAAGCACCGAACCUCCGCUUACAUUCCAAAUUUUUGCAACUACAAGCCUGCUCCUCCGCCAACCGCCUCAUUUGGCGUCUUUUAGAUUAGUUUGGACUACUUAAAUUGAUUGAACUGUCGUUCGUAUGGCGUGCUGAGAACGGUUUGCUGAACAUGUAACAGUUUGCAGAAGUUCACUUUUUUCCUUGUUUGCCGCAUUUUCUUUGAUUUCUGGUGGGCAAGUCUUUGCCUAUAGGACUCCGUAAAUGGAGUAAUUAUUCAGUGCCCGAGAGCAACGUCACGUGGCAUUGUUCGAGGAGCACCAAUAGUUUUUUCCUGUGAAUGAUCGCUGAAAUGGAUUGAGAUUUGUUUGUACUAGCUUAUAGCCCUUUUCUUGACUGGGCUUGGUAAUUGUUAGCAUCAAUAGAAGGAAGUGAAUAAGAUCUCAAAUUUUGUUGAUUA